AUGUGGUUUGAGCAUGCAUCCGUCCGUCAGUCCGCCCGCCCGUCAGUCCGCCCGUCCAUGGCGGGCCUGAGGAGGCUCCGGUGGGCGCGGGCCGCGUGGCGGCGGCGGCGCUGGGGGGAGCUGGGCAUCGCGGCGGCGGCGGCGGCGGCGGGGGGGCUCGUGGGCCUCGUCUGUUCCCGCCUCUACGGCCGCCCCCGCCCGCCGGACCCCCCCCGCCCCGGACCCCCCGGGCUCCCCGCCGAGGCCCCCGGGCCCCCCGCGGGCGGGCGGGCGCCGCUGCUGCCGCUGCCCAUCCCCGUGGCGGCCGCUGCCAAGGAGACGGUGCCCGUGGACAGAGCGGCUCCUGAAGAUCUAGACCUCUAUGCCACAUCUCGAGAGCGGCGGUUCCGUUUAUUUGCAUCUCUGGAGUUUGAAGGCCAGUUAUUUAUGACACCAUAUGAUUUCAUUCAGGCUGUGACGACUGAUGAGCCCAAACGAGCUAGACGGUGGCGAUGUCUUUCAAAACAGGAAUUAAAUCGAAUGCUUAUUGAAACACCACCAGCUUGGAAAGGAUCAUCCAAACUUUUUCGUAACCUUAAAGAGAGAGGAGUCAUUUCUUAUACAGAAUACCUAUUUCUUUUAUGUAUUUUAACAAAGCCUCAUGCAGGUUUUAAAAUAGCUUUCAACAUGUUCGAUACCGAUGGCAAUGAAAUGGUGGACAAAAAGGAGUUUUUGGUGCUUCAAGAGAUAUUUAGGAAGAAAAAUGAGAAGAGAGAGACAAAAGGAGAUGAGGAAAAACGGGCAAAGCUGCGUCUUCAGCUUUACGGAUACCACGCUCCUCCCGAGAGUGUCCUUAAAACGGAUGUUGAGGAACUGGUCUCCAGAAGCUAUUGGGACACUCUGAGACGUAAUACAAGUCAAGCACUCUUUUCGGACCUGGCAGAGCGAACUGAUGACAUCACAAGUUUGGUAUCGGACACUACGCUCCUUGUGCACUUCUUUGGGAAGAAAGGAAAAGCAGAGCUCAACUUUGAGGAUUUUUAUAGGUUCAUGGAUAACCUCCAAACCGAAGUCCUGGAAAUCGAGUUCCUUUCCUAUUCCAGAGGGAUGAAUACCAUCAGUGAGGAAGACUUUGCUCAUAUUCUUUUGCGAUAUACAAAUGUGGAAAAUACAUCCAUAUUCUUGGAAAAUGUGCGCUACAGUAUGCACGAAGAAAAGGGUAUCACAUUUGAUGAAUUCAGAUCAUUUUUUCAGUUUUUGAAUAACUUAGAAGACUUUGCAAUUGCAAUGAACAUGUAUAACUUUGCGAGUCGUUCUAUAGGGCAAGAUGAGUUCAAACGAGCAGUCUACGUGGCUACAGGUCUAAAGCUGUCGCCUCACUUGGUGAAUACUGUCUUCAAGAUUUUUGAUGUUGACAAAGAUGAUCAGUUGAGUUACAAAGAAUUUAUUGGUAUUAUGAAAGACCGACUCCGUCGUGGCUUCCGGGGCUACAAAACUGUUCAGAGAUACACCACUUUCAAAUCGUGCCUGAAGAAGGAGCUCCAGACCAGAUAAGAACUUCCAAAGCAACAAGCAACCACUUCAGAGAAUUUAGGGAGCAGUUUCAAACUCAGAACACGAUGAGUUAGAAUAACCGAAAUUGCAAUAGAAAUGCUUUCCUGACUACUAAAAAUUCCUCUCAAACUGUAUAUGUAUGAAAAUCAACUAUUACACAGAGAAAACUGUAUCUUCAUCUUGGAACAGAAACAUUCUUGUCUCUCAGCUUAAACUCGUGGCCUAGAGUUGAAACUGACUGCCGACCCACUCUUCCCAUUCCUUCUGGAGUAUGGAGUUCCUUGAGCAGGGUACUUCCUCUGGGUAUCAAUUUUGAUCAUGUUCAAUAAUGUGUAUAAGGCAUUUGUUAUUUUUAUUUAUUAGAAAUUUGCCUCGUUUUCAAAUGUUUUGGGCCUCAUGGUCAAAUGCUAUUUUUAAUGGGGAAAAAAUACCUUUAUUUGUUUUUCAAUACAGUCUUGAUUUCAGAAGACCGAUAUCAUUGGAAAUAGUUGUGCCUGAGGCAGAAGUAUAGCACUUACUUAAAGACUAUGAAUGUACUUAAGUUACCACAAUGUUUGACCACUUGCGGAUAAUAAAGAAGCAGCAGUGACUGUGGGA